ACGGGUAAAACUGUGACGCCGCAGUGUCAAAAACAGGAAGUGAAGAAUGUAAAAUGCGGCAUUGGAACUCAUUUCCUAUUUUUUUUAAACUUCUACGUACACUAUCAGAGGGACGUGUCGAAUUUGUGCAAUAUAAGGCACACGGCAUGCUAACCAGACUCUCUUUGGGGCAAAAGAAAUCCAGACACAAGUUCCUCUAAUGCUGAUGAUUAGUCCCAGAAUGGCUUCAGGAAUGCAAGAGAAGCAGUACACACCAACUUUGUUAAGCUUUUUCAUUUAUAACCCUUUGUUUGGACCACGGGAAGGAGAGGAGGAGAAAAAGAUUUUGUUUUACCAUCCCAGUGAGGUGGAGAAGAAUGAGAAAAUACGAAAUGUGGGCCUUUGUGAAGCUAUUGUGCAGUUCACCAGGACGUUCUGUCCAACAAAGCCAGCUAAAUCCCUGCACACUCAGAAGAACCGGCAAUUUUUCUUUGAGCCCGAAGACAAUUUCUGGAUCGUCAUGGUUGUUCGAAACCCCAUGGUAGAGAAAACAAAUAAAGACAGUAACCCUCCCACAAUAGAAUAUCAAGAAGAAGAAAUACUUGACACUGUUUAUGGUGCAGUUGUAAGGCAGUGUUACAGUAUGUACAAGCUCUUCAACGGCACUUUUGGCAGAGUGAUGGAGGCUGGCGGAGUGGAGCUGCUCACACAGAAGCUUGAAAAGUUCUUCUACAGGUAUUUGCAGACGCUCCAUCUGCAGUGCUGCGACCUGCUUGAUGUGUUCGGAGGAAUCAGCUUCUUCCCGCUGGACAAGAUGACCUACCUGAAGAUCCAGUCCUUCAUCAACCGAGUGGAAGAGAGCCUCAGCCUGAUCAAAUACACGGCCUUCCUCUAUAAUGACCAGCUCAUCUGGAGUGGCCUAGAACAGGAUGAUAUGAGGAUCUUGUACAAGUACCUGACAACCUCACUGUUCCCCAGACACUCUGAACCAGAGUUGGCUGGCAGGAACUCUCCUCUGAGGCCAGAGGUCACAGGGAACCUGUUGCACUAUGGGAGGUUUUUAACGGGACCUUCCAACCUUAAAGAUCCAGAGGCCAAAUUCCGAUUUCCCAGAAUAUUUGUCAGCACAGAGGAUGGAUACGAGGAGCUGCAUUUGAUUGUUUAUAAGGCGAUGAGUGCUGCAACUUGUUUUAUGAUCAAAGCCUCGGUGGAACUGACGAGGGACUUCUGUGAGCAGCUGGACAGCUUGGUGGGCCCUCAGCUGACCCUGCUGGCCUCUGAUAUAUGUGAACAGUUCAACAUUAAUCGCAGGAUUUCAGGUCCAGAGAAGGAGCCCCAGUUUAAAUUCAUCUAUUUCAACCACAUGAACCUGGCAGAGAAGAGCACCAUCCACGUGAGGAAGACCACCAGCAUCUGCCUCACCUCGGUCCAUCCUGACCUCAUGAAGAUACUCGGGGACAUCAACUGUGACUUUGCCAGGGUUGAUGAAGAUGAAGAAAUCAUCGUAAAAGCUAUGACCGACUACUGGGUAGUCGGUAAGAAGUCAGACCAGAGGGAACUGUAUGUGAUCUUGAACCAGAAGAACGCCAAUCUGAUCGAAGUGAACGAGGAGGUUAAGAGGCUUUGUGUGACGCAGUUCAACAAUAUCUUCUUCUUGGACUGAUUGGGGGGGAAAUGCUCUCACCACAAUAAACUGUCAGGGCUGCAGGGUAUCAAUGACAGCAUCAGCAUAAUGCAAUAAUUGCAUUGUUAAAUAAAAAAACUGGAAGUCUUUCACAACAUUUUUUUUUAUUUAAACUACACAGUUGUAAUUUUCUCCUGUAAUUAAGUGUAAAAAUCCAGAUUUUUACUGUACAUGUGCUUUAUUUUGCUUCAUUUCCUGUGUAUAGAAUUGUAAGGUACGUUUUCUUUACACACGGCUUUUCUAAAUGAAAAAUCACAAUGUUAUCAAUUAAUAACUUAAAAUAUUGACGACCACCCAGGACAUUUUACUUUGAUCAGUUAUAGAUUCAAUAUAACAUAUGCCAAACUUUGUAUUAAAAACAUAAGAAUUGUACGUAGUGUAAAAAAAAUGUCUAUUUUGACAUGGAGAUGCAAAUCGUGUUUGAGCUGUACGUCAAAUCAUUUUGAUCAGUGUUUAGGUUACAAAAAUUAAAUCGACCCUCAAUAUUGAUGUUUGAGGUGAAGUCAGAUUUCAUCGCAUGUUGGUCUUCCAAAAUAUAAUAGCCCCCCCUUUUGUGUGUAACUGCAAGUGUUUGAGUUUCAUAAAAUGAAAUCCAUAAUUCAGAAACAUUUAUUUACAGUAAGACUUCUCAACACAAUCAAAGAGUCAAAGAGAAAGAUUUGAGGAUUGGAAAACUUGAUCAAAGUGCUUUAUUUUUGUGUGUGUGUUGUUUUCUGUUUAAAUUAUUUUGGGGUGUCUGUUACAAGCAGUAAAAUACAGUACGUGACUUU